CCCCGAUGUGGGAGGCGCCUGGAUCACUCCGGAGCAGAGGCUGCCACCUACUUGGACGGCCAGAGCAGCCGGGACGGCUGCAGGGAGCAUCCCGGCCGGGGUACACACGGAGCAGCCAGACGCCGAGCACCGAGCCGUCGGGGAGGGCGGCAACAUCCAGCCAUGCCGGUGGCCGGGGGCGCGCAGACGGCCGCGCUGGCGCUGCUGCUCGGGGCGCUGCAUGGGACUCCGACAGGCGGCCAGGAGUACGACUACUACGGCUGGCAGGCUGAGCCGCUGCACGGCCGCUCCUAUUCCAAGCCACCGCAAUGCCUCGACAUCCCCGCCGAUCUGCCGCUCUGCCACACGGUGGGCUACAAGCGCAUGCGACUGCCCAACCUGCUGGAGCACGAGAGCCUAGCCGAGGUAAAGCAGCAGGCGAGCAGCUGGCUGCCGCUACUGGCCAAGCGCUGCCACUCGGACACCCAGGUCUUCCUCUGCUCGCUCUUCGCGCCCGUCUGCCUAGACCGGCCCAUCUACCCGUGCCGCUCGCUGUGCGAGGCCGUGCGCGCCGGCUGCGCGCCGCUCAUGGAAGCCUACGGCUUCCCCUGGCCCGAGAUGCUGCACUGCCACAAGUUCCCCCUGGACAACGACCUCUGCAUCGCGGUGCAGUUCGGGCACCUGCCUGCCACUGCGCCUCCAGUGACCAAGAUCUGUGCCCAGUGUGAGAUGGAGGAUACUGCUGAUGGCCUCAUGGAGCAGAUGUGCUCUAGCGACUUUGUGGUUAAGAUGCGAAUUAAGGAGAUCAAGAUAGACAAUGGGGACCGGAAGUUGAUUGGAGCCCAGAAGAAGAAGAAGCUGCUCAAGGCAGGCCCCUUAAAGCGUAAAGACACCAAGAAGCUGGUCCUGCACAUGAAGAAUGGCGCGGGCUGCCCCUGCCCACAGCUGGACAGCCUAACAGGCAGCUUCCUGGUCAUGGGUCGCAAGGUGGAGGGACAGCUGCUGCUCAUGGCUGUUUACCGCUGGGACAAGAAGAAUAAGGAAAUGAAGUUUGCAGUCAAGUUCAUGUUCUCGUACCCCUGUUCCCUCUACUACCCUUUUUUCUAUGGGGCAGCCGAACCCCACUGAAGGGCCUCCUCCUUGCCCCAGCCAGCCAGCUGUGCCUUGCUCUCUGUCCCUACCCACCUGGCCUCACCCCCACCCCCAGGCUGACCCAGCCCCUGGCAAAGGUGGCUUCAUGCAGCUACUACUUGCACAGGCGCCAAAGGACAGGCAUGGGGCUACCCUCCUUGACUGAAGGGUCCUGGAAUCCUGGGGUCUACUAGGAGCUCCCUCUCUCAGGAGAGGCGCUUUCUCCUCAGUGGGUGGGGGGGGGGGUGUCUGAGAAAGCAGGCGAAGGAGGAAAAUGUGAAGGAAGGGCCUCCUGCAGCCUGGGGAGGGCGUUUCCAGAAAGAGUAGUGGGUCUCACCGUUAAGGGGGCCUCAGUGCUUAAAGGACGGUCUUCCUCCCACACUACCCCUUUAUGUGUCAUGACGGCGUCCAUGUCUUCCAGCCACACCCACCUCUCAUCUGGAGCCCCGCUGGACAGGAGCACCGCUCAGCAGCUUCUGCAGACUUUGUCACACAGGCGUGCUUCCCGGCUCUUGCCUCAGCCCUCCACACCCCUUGUCCCAACCACAAUAAAUUAUUGCUACUGCCGCAAGGCCACUGGCUUUAGACAACAGGUUUGGUUCUUAAUAUUUUUUUACGUUUUUAAUUAAAUAAAGAAAACAAUUGUUGCUGUG